AUGGCGACCAACUUCGACUUCUCUGAAGCUCCGCCCGAACCUCUGUCAUCGCUGAGUGUUGCGGCUCUCUUGAAAGGGAGUGCUGGGAUUGACCUUAUCCCUGCAAACGUCAAUGAUGAUGGCCUAGUGGAAGUUGUCGAGGCGCACCAACAUGAGCCAACACCCCGAGAUGCAGACAACCAAGAUGACCUGUUUGUGAUCAAGUGUCAUCCACACGAUGUCACUGAGGCCCAUACCGUCCACGCCCGCGCCGAGGCAGUCGACAUCUCGCAAGGUCAAAAUCCAGAGCAAAAUACCACUAUUGCUGAAAGGGUUGCCGAUAAGAAGCAGAGUGACGCCGCUAUGGACCGUCAGGGGCCGAGCUGCACUCGCGUCACUCGCAAAGUUUCCCGUCAUACGCAGGCAACCAAACAAGCCCGCAAAAACAAAACUCGCCAGACCGCAUACUUGGGGAGCUUCCCUCAGAUCCGCGAUACAGAGACACCAACACUAGCGGAGGCUGUACCUAUUCUUACUAUGCCAGCCAUCUUGCGAUCUCCCAAGCAGCCCGAAUCUACACACAGCCUCACUCUGGAGAAUCAACCAACAGCAGGCGCUGACAACUACGUUCAAGGCUUUAAAAACGCUGUAUUUGAGACGUUUGGUCGAUUUCGGGAAGGUCUCAAGAGAAAGUGGGAAGAGAUGGUGAUCGACCGACAGGAUGCGGCUGAGGACCGACGCAAGGCGGCUGAGGACCGACGCAAGGCGGCUGAGGAUCGCCAGAAAGCAGCCGAAGACCGGCAGCGCAUGACACAGGCCUUUGGUGAGAUCCGUGACUUCAUGAAAGCUAUUGCAGAGUCGCAUACGGAAAUCAACCACCGCCUUAGUGUUUAG